AUGGGAUCCUUUCUUGGUGACCAUGCUAUCACUUCGCGAGGAACUUCUUUUCUUCAGUGGAUCCAGGCAACUGGUCUCACUUGUUGGAAUGAAUUACUUGCAUUUGGUAUUCCUACCUUUCUUUCUGGUGGCUCUGGUACCUCACGUUCCAGUGUCAUUGAUUUAUUUCUUUCUACAUUCCCCAUUUUCAAUCCUUCUAUGCAAAUUCGUUCUGAUCUUUCUUUAGGCUCUGAUCACAAAAUGGUCAACCUCACUUUCACUCCCUAUGUUUCACCUCCCCCUCCCCCUACUAACCAUCCGCGCCUACUUUGGAAUCUUUCUGGGCUUGCUCAGCCUGACACUCUCAAGAUCUACAUUGAUACAGCUUCUGGGUCAUUGGACAAUCUGACAGAGCAGUUCAGUGCUUUCCUUUCUUCUUCUUCUCCUCCUCCUGUAGAUUCUCUGUGCUCUGCUUUUGCUCAAGCUAUCUAUGAUGCUCUGGACACUGCUGUUGGUCGUCGUACACCACGUACCAUGCAAAAGUACUGGUUCUGGUCAGUGGACCUUCAAGAAGCAAUGGAUCUGAGAGAACGCAGCUACCAACGCUGGCGUCAUUCUAGUGGUUUGCAGAAGGCUAUAUGCUGGAUGCGCCAUCAGGAUGCAUGUCAUGCUGUUAGGUUAUCAGUCCAGCGUUGUCGACAUGAAACAUGGAAAGAAUUCUGCAACAAAUUGGCAACACAAGACUUUGCAAAGACAACAGCAACAAUGAAACGUAUUAAAAGCCAUCGUCAAACCAGUCCUGUCUUUGUGGAUCCUGGUGGACCUCAAGUAGCUGCUAACAAAAUGGCUGAUCAUCUUCAACAGAUUUUCUCAGGUCAAUUUCUUCCUGCACGCCGCCCUCCAGACCAGACAGUGAUGAUUUCAUCACCAAUUGCAAUUGAUGAAUCAUGUCCUUUUACUCAUCUUUCUGUAGAGAGUGCAAUUUUCAAGCUUCCUACACGCAAGACUCCUGGUGUUGACAAUCUUCGUGCUGAAAUGCUUCACCCAAUUGUUAAGCAAGUCUCUCCUGUUCUUUGUCUUUUGUUCCAGCUUUGUUGGCAAUGGGAGUGUAUUUACUGCUUAACUAGUGUCGGUGUUACAAUUAUGACAUCAAGUCAUAAAUCCAUGCGUGCUCUUCAAUCACUUGGUGUCAAUCACACUGGGUUGUCACGUCUACUCUCAAUUCGUUUGUAUUGCCAGUUUAUUCAUCCACAAUUUGAGUAUGGCCUGGCAAUAUCCUGCUUCAACAUUAAACAAGUUGCUGUGCUUGAAAAGGCCCAGAACACAUGCUUACACAUGAUUUUUGGAGGUCACUCCACAUCUUCUACAUCUGUUUUCCGUCACCUUGGGAAUCUUCCUAGCAUGAGGGAGAGGAUCUUGACUCUUGGUUUCAAGUUUGUAUAUUGUGCUUUCUGGUUGCCUGAUGAGACUCUGUUUACUCUUCUUCGACCUGUUCUUACAAACCCAGCACACCAAUGGUUUAAGCUUUUAGCUAAUCCCAUUUGGUUGUCUCUCUCCAAUCGUCAGAAUGCUGAUUCUAAAGCUUGCAAGCAUGCCAUUCGUUCAUUUUUGAACCAGGGCCUCUCCUUGCAACGCUCUCAACAAAUACUUCUCUCUGCUUGCCAUCCUUCUCUUGGUGUUGACCCUAUUCUCUGGCUUCCCAUGACUAACUAUGAACGUAGUAGAUUCAUACGUUGGCGUAUGGGGUGGCUUCCUGGACGUCCUCAACCUUGUUCCUGUGGAUUGCAUACCACCAGCCGUCAUCAUGUCAUUGAGUGCACUGGAGCUGCAAUUCCACUGCAAAAGACCGCUGAUUUUAGUUCCUGA